UUGCAUUCACAGGCGACCUUGUAUCUCGCAUUUCCAGGAGAGGCGGCCAACUAACUUGUAUUAUUGCACUCUUGCCCUUUCCCUUCUCGUGUACAGCUCCCAACCACCCCAUCAAUCAUGGUGUCCGUCAAAAGGCUUCUGUUAGGCCCAGAGGUCGCCUUCAACAAUCACCUCGACGUCCAUUCUGUUAUCGCUCAUUCGGAAAAACUUCUACCCAUCGUCAACGCUGUCAGCCAGUACAUUCAUUCAAAGCACAAGCGCGGCCGCUCUCAAGAGGAGAUCAUCGACAAGUUGGAGAGGCUGGAGACGGUCUAUCUCCAUGUAACGCAGGUUCAUGAUGCGUUUCACAUGGCACGUCAGGAGAACAACCUUCCUAUAUCUAAGGUUUUGACCGGUCGCAUACAACCCUACUAUCGUGUUCCUUUGCGCUCUGCCAGUCCAACUCCGACAUCUAACACCGAAUCAACCUUGGCGCAUUAUGAUACUCUUCCCUCCGGUAUCUCGACCGCUGUACAUUCUCAGGUCGAUCUACUCCCUGCUGGGAACAGGCCCACCGUCGCUGCUGAGCUUCCUGGCCCCACGAACUCUGGUUCCUGGCGUAGGUUCAUUCCGGGCGCUCGCCGCAACACGGUCAACGCGCAGUCUCCUCCCUCCCGUCGUCCAAUCCCUUCCGCCAUGCGGUCUCCCGCUGAGGUAUCUCCAACAUCAAGCGUCGUCACUGUCCGUGCUGCUGGUAUUGAGGCUUCAGUCGUUCCUGAGACGGUUCACACGGAUUCCCACUGAAUCAUCCCGUCUGCAUUCAUACAAGACAAUGUCAGCUAGGCGAGAACCGGCAAACACUUUCUAUAGCCGCAUACCUCUAUGUCUCACGUCUCCGUCCUCUGUACUGCUCUUCUGUACUUUGAUGGUUGUUUAUGCUGGAAAUCCUCGACAAUCCCUGGCCAACAUAGUUGGGCCAGGUCUCUGUAGGCAUUGUAAUUC